GAGAAACUGGUGCUUCUUGGGAGGCAAGUACGGGAAGAAUUGAUUGAAGGUCAAGUGGUCAGUGACGAACUCCUUGUCGAAUUGAUCUUCGAAGAAAUAAGACAUCUGCCAUCGGGUGUUGGUCUUCUGUUCGACGGUUUCCCGGCCACCCGAUGCCAGGCCGACUUGCUCGAGAACCGAUUGACCAUCGGUCGGAUUGAAGAUGAACAUUUGAGAUCUGUUCAGGGCUCCGCCGAUGACAUGGUCACCGGCUGCCAGAGCUCCAGCUGUCUGGAGGACAGUUUGGUGAAGUCAGAUUCGCCAGCAGCCCAGAAAGAUGACAAUUCGCAAGCGUCAUUCAAUGAGGUCCAGGGGCAAACGGCACAAACGUCCAUUCCGCCCGCUCCAUUUCGGUCUUCAUCACCUUCUGGCCAGGCGUCAAAUGGUACCGCCGACCAGACAACAGAGUCGAUGGUAAUUCAUACCGCCUCUGCGGUUGAGCGGAGAAUCGGCCUCGACCUGGUGGUAUGUCUCGACGUGUCCGAUGAUACUGCCAUAUACAGAGCGUCCAAGUUGAAACCGGCCGUGGAUGAAACGGCAUUCGACGACCAAGUCGACACAUUCGAAGGGUCAACUGCAUUUAGUGGAUCGAAAGAGUUGGCAGAAGGCACAAGCCUAUUGUUGGCUCGACUGUCACAUUUCCACACAGCCUGGCCCAGCUUGGCCAAGCUGUAUGCCGCGGUGGACCAGCCGAGCAGAAUGGUACUUUUGGAUGGUGAAGUCAAGGUGCCCACCACGCAUUCUGCGUCAGCAAAACCUCUUUCCGAAGCCGAUGUAUGUGAACUGACGGACGCUUUCAUUGAUCAACUGUCAACAAAGGUCAAAGAGACGAUCCAGCAAUUUCUGACACUUCGACAGGAGCAACGAGACCUGGAGGCACGACUGGCCUACGAGGCUGAGCAAACUGCUAGUUUGGACAGGGCGAAUGCAGAGGCGGAGAUGCAGAUUUCCGAAGUGAUCAGUCGCAGUUCAUCGUCGCAGGAGAAAGGCGCUGAAGGACAGCCACAUGAAGAUCAGCCACCGGCGGUGGCGAUGGCUGAAGCUGAAAAGGCUCAAACAGGCGGCCCAAGAAGUGCCGGUAAAUCGCGACUACCACCAAACUCCAAGUCUCCCAAGGCUGGAGAAACUUCGGCUACCAAGUUGGCACAUGCAGGUAGGGCUAAAGAGUUGACUGCGCAAGUCCAUUACGAUGCUCUCAUUUUUGCUGUCACCUUAUCAUUAUUGAGAGGUUUUUUUGUAGUCAAUAGGCUUCGAGACGUAGUUAAGCUAGCUCUCCUCCCUUUUGUAUGGCACAUUUAUCCAUCCUGCAGAGCUGUAUCUUCGCAUUGCAUCCUCUCUCAGCCAAAAUGUCUACCUGGCCAAGUUUGA